CUCGCAUACGUAUGUACCGCAUGGAGAAGAGAGAUACAACUCAACCACUCUGUAUAUUUAUAAGCCUCAAGAGAUAAACGCAAAUGAGAUAGAGAGAGAUAAGGGGAUCAGAAGCGUUAGAUAGAUAGAUAGAGAGAGAUUUGUAAUCCUUCAGACACACACAGAAAGAAGAUUAUGUUGCCCGUAAGAAAAACCAAAAGAGCUUUUUACUCCGCCGAUGCUGGAGACGGCGUUUUUACGCCGGGAAAGAAACGACGAAGAUGUCUUUCUUCUCCUGCGUCGGUAUCUAAAGCCGGACCAGAUUUGUUAGAUACAAUCCCAGACGAUCUUGUUGUUUCUAUCCUUCGUAGGCUUGCCUCUACAUCUCGAUGUCCUGCUGAUUUCAUCAACGUUUUAAUGACAUGUAAGAGAUUAAAGAGUUUAGCUACGAGUCCUCUUGUUCUGUCGAGAUUGUCUCGGAAAGCGAUUGCCGUAAAGGCUCAGAAUUGGUCGGAAGACGCUCACCGGUUUCUCAAACGCUGCGUCGACGCCGGAAGCCUCGAAGCUUGCUACACUCUCGGCAUGAUUCGGUUUUACUGUCUGCAAAACAGAGGAAACGGCGCGUCCCUUAUGGCUAAAGCCGCGAUUAGCUCCUACGCGCCGGCUUUAUACUCUUUGGCCGUGAUUCAGUUCAACGGAAGCGGCGGCUCCAAGAACGACAAAGAUCUUCGAGCCGGCGUGGCUUUGUGCGCGCGUGCGGCUUUCUUGGGACACGUCGACGCGCUGCGUGAGCUCGGUCACUGUCUCCAAGACGGUUACGGUGUUCCGCAGAACGUCUCCGAAGGUCGGAGAUUCCUCGUUCAAGCCAACGCUCGUGAGCUCGCCGCCGUCUUAUCCUCCGGGAACGAAGCUUGCUCGUGGCUCACUUUGUCGCAGCCUCAAGCUCCUAACCAAAUCCGUGGUUGUCCGUUGCUGAGUGAUUUCGGAUGUAAUGUCCCGGCGCCGGAGAUACACCCGGCGAAUCGGUUUUUAGCGGAUUGGUUCGCCGUGCGCGGCGGAGAUGCUCCCGGAGAUGGAUUGAGGUUGUGUUCUCACGGCGGAUGUGGACGGCCGGAGACGAGGAAACAUGAGUUUAGGAGGUGUUCUGUCUGUGGCGUUGUGAAUUACUGUUCACGCGCUUGUCAAGCUCUCGAUUGGAAACUCCGGCAUAAGAUUGAUUGUGCUCCGGUGGAACAAGAUGCAGCCGGUGGUGACGGAGAAGGUAACGUUCAGGUUGAGGGAAACGGUAACGGUGAUAACGUAUUGGUGCCCAUGAGUUAACGGUGAACAAGUAACGGCUGCUUUAAUUAGACGCGAGAAGAUGAGAGGUAAACGAAGCUUUGUUUUAGUUUCGUUUUUUGUUUGAUUAGUGGAAAGAUUAGGAUUAAAAUAUUACCAACGGUUAGAUGUGGCGUUAAAGAGUAAAUUGUUGUAUUCUAAUCGAUUGUAAAGAUGAGUAUCAAUGAACGGCUAGAAUGCUUUUUCCUAA